AUGGCUGGGCCCAUUCGUACCAAGCAUCCCACCCCUCCAACUUCUGUCGUUCAUGCUCCUCGCCCGCCAAAUGCCUGGAUCAUUUAUCGUUCAGAGAAAACGAAGAUGAUUACGGCUCGUGCUGCGGGCCAACCCCCUCCACCCCAAGGAAUGGUGUCCAAAAUGAUCUCCGCCAUGUGGAAAGACGAGCCGGCGGCGACGCGUGCCAUCUAUGAGCGACGCGCUGAUGAGAAAAAGGCUGAGCAUCAGAAGCAAUACCCAGGUUAUCGCUUUCAACCCAAAAAGAAGGAGGAGAAAGAGGCUGCUCGUGUCAAGCGAAAGCAGGAAAAGGACAACGAACGUCUAGCUAAACGCACUCGUCCCACUGUCCGCAUCACGUCUGCGAGUGCUGUCCCGGCCACCAUCGCGAAUGCUGCUCCGCUUCUAUAUGCCCCCCACACCCUAUAUCCACAGGUGGAUUCAUCGCAGUCUCAGCAACAGGUGUAUGCACAAUAUGGACCAUUUGGUACAUCACCUCCACUCUCCAUUUCUUCGUCGCCCAACGAAAGUAGUCCUCUUUCAGACGCUGCUUAUCCAUCGGACGACCAGCAAGUUGCCCAAUCUUCCAAUAAUGGCGUCAACGUCCAAGCCUGCCACGGUCUUGGCCACAAUAACCUUUUUGGCACGACCUCAUCUUCUUUGAUGACCUCGAGUGUCAUGACAUCCACCACAACUUUAUCUACCCAAGACUGGCACAGUGGCCAAUCCUCUUCGAGCAACACCUCUAUACCAUUAUCCUUCGACAUACCCCCCAUGCCGCCUCAGCCAUGGUAUAACCCGACUGUUGAAGACUCACUUCAAGCGCUGUUGUCAGCGACAGACGACCCUUCCAUUUUUCAAGUUCACAACUUUGACGCGAAUUCUCUCAACGCCAACCCUACCGGUCAGCUUGAGCUAUCCAUUGGACAGAUCCCCACAAACUAUGAAGCCGAAUCAUACUUUGGAAACUCUUUCAAUGGAUUCGGAUUUAACUUGCAUGGUUAUGGCUCUGAAGGGCAGAUGGCGUCCACCGACCAAUCCGACUUCUCAUUCUUCUCCCCGGACAUGGCCCUGUCAGAUAUGGGCUCUUUCGCCGGCGAAGAAUUUAUCACUUAUGAUGACUCCGUUCCUCUCUCAUCCAUGCCACCCACCCCUUCCACCCAACUCCAAGUCGUUUCAGAGCACGAAAUCCACCACCCAACUCCAUAUGUGCCACCUGCAGGUGCUGUACACUCCUCCAAUCGCCGCGCCGCCGGUAGUUGGAAAAUAUCUGCUGUGCCUGACUCGCCCAUUGAGCACAACCCGCUCGCCUGGGGUGUACCAGCAAACUAGAAAGUUUCAACUCCCUUAUUUUUGUUUAUCAAUCUCGAUCUCGAUGCUUUUUCUUCUGUUUUCUUAAUCUUUGCUAUCUUGCUUAUCCUGCUUUUGCUUUGCACAUAGGUUAUCUUUGCUGUCUGCUUGACGAUGUCGAUCGACCAUCUUUCUGGUUUAUCUCACCCUACUAUUAUCAUGAACCCUUGCUACCAUUAGGAUUGACCCCUAGUUUAUACUACGCUUUACACAACCAACCACAUCUGUAUACCUUUAUCUCCCCCGUCCACAUCUGCAUGCAUUAUGACCCCUUGCAUUAUUU